CGCAAUGUUUUUUUAACUGACAGGCAACUUCUUUUAUGUCGUGUGGCCCUUGGUAAGCCAUUUUACCAGUUUUCAGCCGUCAAGAUGGCGCAUGGCCCUCCAGGUCAUCAUUCUGUAAUAGGACGUCCCAGCUCAGAAGGGCUGUCGUUUGCCGAAUAUGUUGUGUAUAGAGGGGAACAGGUAUGUCUUGCUUUUUAGAGCUGUAUUUUCUUUUCUCGUUGCCCUUGUGGCUGUCGUUUAAGAGAAUACUAGUAGCGACCUUCAAAUUUGACUACUUCCGCCGUUGAUUAUAUUGGGUGCGACUUUGGCCUCCAUUUUUUAGCCAGUUGACAAAAGCUAAAUUUACAUGCAACAAAAUCUUCAUACCGUAAACCCUGCACCGUGAGGUUUGCUAAUUUGUGAACGUAUCAAAGUCGUCUUUCGUGAGAAAUUCGUAAUUUCCUUUACUUUCGAGGGUUUUAGUGUUGUCCGCGGAGAACAGGCACUCCACUGACAUAAAGCAUAGAUAUUUUGAGCGACACACGUCAACCGGAAGUGAGUCCUUUACCCUUUUAAUAUGCCUGGACAGACACUACCAAAAUUGUGUGUUCACUGUUAUAGGGACGAGCUGCGUUACAAUUUGGCCAAAACCACUGUCCAAGAGUGCAAAAAGUCCAGCUCGGUUGACCUUGUUGAUUUGUGCUAUUCAAAAAAUACAGAUACAGCAUUUGGUUAUGAUAAUACGAUGCCAGUGUCUUUUUAAAAAACUGUAUGUGCCAUUUGGUUAAUUAUCUCAUGACGCACUUCGUCCUUGUUUCCUAUGUUGUUUACAGGCCUAUCCAGAAUACUUGAUCACUUACAAGAUUGUUAAACCCUUCAACGUUGAGGCAUCUCCAUAA